AAAGCCUUUGCAGCUCUGCUUUUUGCUCUUAGUUGAUGCUACUGCUGCCGUUGAUAAGCAGCCAUGCUUGGAUCCUUGCCUUAGAUUAUGUUCGGCUACAAUUUUAUUCGAAUUUUAAAUUCUAAGAAAAGUUUCUGAUUAAAUGGCUUCUACCCUGUUAACGAGGACACUUAUGGGGCUUCGGUCGAUUCGACCUUCGAUUGCUUAUACGCAGAAGCCACAAAUUUACAGUUCGUUUGUCAAUGAAGCAUUUUACAGAAGGACUGAUCUGUCCCCUCCGUUAUCUACAACUUGUGGUUUGGCCCGUUUUGCUAUGGCUUCUUCAACACUUGGAGCAAAAGCAACUUUUGUAACAGAAUCUGUGUCCACUAAAGAUCCUGUUGUUUCUGUUGAUUGGCUUCAUGCUAACCUUAGGGAGCCUGAUGUGAAGGUUUUGGAUGCUUCCUGGUACAUGCCAGAUGAACAGAGGAAUCCAAUUCAAGAAUAUCAGGUUGCACACAUUCCCGGUGCCCUUUUCUUUGAUGUGGAUGGAAUAUCAGAUCAAUCAACAAAACUGCCACACAUGUUGCCAUCGGAGGAAGCUUUUGCUGCUGCAGUUUCUGCGCUUGGCAUCCAGAACAAAGAUGGCUUGGUUGUUUAUGAUGGGAAAGGAAUAUUCAGUGCGGCUCGUGUUUGGUGGAUGUUCAGAGUAUAUGGUCAUGACAGAGUAUGGGUAUUAGAUGGUGGCUUGCCACGAUGGCGUGCUUCAGGUUUUGAUGUUGAAUCCAGUGCAUCUGGAGACGCUAUUUUGAAAGUUAAGGCUUCCAGUGAAGCAAUAGAAAAUAUUUAUCAAGGAAAGACAGUUGCCCCCAUUACAUUUCAGACAAAAUUUCAACCACAUCUCGUCUGGUCACUUGAACAGGUUAGAACAAAUAUUGAGGACAAAGAAUACCAGCAAAUAGAUGCUCGCUCGAAGGCCAGGUUUGAUGGAGUUGCACCAGAGCCACGAAAGGGAAUAAGAAGUGGUCAUGUACCAGGAAGCAAAUGUAUUCCUUUUGCUCAGAUGUUGGAUGAUUCACAGACCCUCUUAUCUCCGGAUGACCUUAAGAAACGAUUUGAGCUAGAAGGCAUCUCUUUGGAUAAACCUGUGGUUACAUCUUGUGGUACUGGUGUGACAGCUUGUGUUCUUGCACUGGGUCUCCAUCGACUUGGGAAGUCUGAUGUUGCUGUUUAUGAUGGAUCUUGGACUGAAUGGGGAGCACAAGAGGACACACCUGUCUCCACUUCAUAGGUCGAGCAGUACUUCGGAGGGUUAUUCAUUAAGUAUGCCAUGUGCAGAGUUUCUUCAGACCCAAAGAAAUCGCGAUGAAGCUGGUUGUACUCAAAAUGAAUCAAAUACAUCUAGGUUGCUUUUAUUUUGAAUGUGUUAUAACAUGGACAUUUUCAUUGAGGACUACCAAAUGUUAGUAUGAGUUUACAGAGAAACCAGAUGUAUUUAAAA